AAAAUUUGGUCCAUGAAAAACAACAUCCAAUUAAAAACCCAAAUCUUUCAAAUUCUAUCUCUUUACUUCCAACAACAAAAAAUGGCUAACAGAUGAAGCAGAAACACCAGCAGCAACAAAGAAAGAAGAAGAAAACACAACUUUAAAGAAGAAGAGAGAGAAAAUGACUCAUCUUCUUCUCCUACACCAUCUCCCCUACUUCCCUACAUUACCAUCAUCAUCAAAGUUGUUUUCAAUGGGAAAAUCAACGGUUGGAUUGUGCACCCACAGGAACAGUUUCCGUGUACCUGAGCAACAGAGAAUGAAAACCAUAAAAUGUAUGGCAAAUCCAAGAAGAGUAGCAAUGGUUGCUAAACAAAUAAGAAGGGAGCUUUCAGAUAUGUUGCUGACCGACACCAAUUUGCAAUUCGCUGUUCUGCCCGAAGCUGCCCUUGGUGCUGACCGUUAUCUUUCUUCUGUUACCACCAUUAGUGAUGUUGAAGUUUCCGCUGAUUUGCAGGUUGUCAAAGUUUAUGUGUCGAUUUUUGGCGAUGAAAGAGGACGUGAAGUUGCCCUUGCUGGCCUAAAAGCUAAGGCAAAAUAUGUGCGGGGUAAACUUGGAAAGCGCAUGAAGUUGAGGCUGACUCCUGAAAUUCGAUUUCUAGAGGAUGAAUCUUUGGAACGAGGAAGUAGGGUUAUUGCGAUAUUGGAUAAGUUAAAGAACGAGAAUGAGCAAAAAGAUGCCAUAAGUUCUGAAGAAGAGGAAGAUCCGCCUUCUGAUGAUGAUAAUUGGGAGGAUGACAAUGAUGAAGGCAUUAUCUAUGUCAGAUAGAUAUUUCUUGAGAUGUGGUGUUGCUUCAACUUUGCUCCAUUGCCCUCAGGGCCACAGAGAAAUAGUUUCUGUGAUAGGGGCUUUCCGAAAAAAGUCUUGUGGCGAAGAGGCUUCUUGCAUAAAGUCGUGCUUGCACCAGUGAGUAAAGUUAGACAGAAGUUUGAUUAAAGCAUAACUGCAAUAUGUAAUUCAUUCAAAGGCGUGGCGCAGAUUUUUAACUUGCAAAGGAAAUGCCCUGUAAAUAAAUAGAGCCUAUAGUGAGUGUUAAAUAUACUAUGUAUGUAUUAUGCUUCUGCAUCUCUGAUUGUCUUUUUUUUUUUUUUUUCCGCUUAAAAUGUUGAAUAAUGACGAGUUUCUCUUCAAUUAGAAAGUUUUGUUCAAUUUUGUA